CUCUCUCAACUACUCAGCAAUAUCAUUAAGCAUAAGCACACAAAAAGCUAGAGCGACUCAUUCAUCUCUAAGCUCCCAAAAAUGCAGAACAACAAGGCUAUUGUAGAGUCUUUGUACAAGGCAUUGGCCCAAGGGCAAACCGAGACGGUGGCAAAGGUUCUAGCAACUGACCUGGAAUGGUGGUUCCAUGGUCCUCCGAAGUGCCAGCACAUGAUGCGGGUGCUUACAGGGGAUUCCAGCCACGUUGGCUUCAAGUUCGAGCCGAGAAGCGUAACGGAGAUUGGCGACUACUGUGUGAUUGCUGAGGGCUGGGAAGGAGCUCAGGCUUAUUGGGUGCAUGUGUGGACGAUCAAUGAUGGUUUGAUCACUCAGUUCAGGGAGUAUUUCAACACGUGGCUGACAGUGAGGGAUCUGAAGCCGCUAGGGUGGAAGGAGAGUAAGAGCUUCACUGUGUGGCAGAGUAUGCCAAGGGACCUGUUCCACCGUUCUUUGCCAAGCCUUCUCCUAGCUAUUUAGUACUAAUUAAAGUAAGACUAUUUUGUUGUACUUAAUUAGCAAGAAAAAAUAUGAAAAUAAAAAAUAAGGGUGCUAGUUGUGGCCGAAAGUUCUUGGAUCAACAAUGAAAUGGCAAAAGAUAAAUCCUUUUGCUUUGUUGAAAUAAAUACACAUAUGAUUAAUCGCACUUAACUUAAGAACAA